AAUAACAAAAUAAUAGUUUUUACAGCUUAGGUUAGAAUACCCCAAGCUAACGGUAUAAUAUGUUCCAAAUACUUCAAUGAAUUCCUAUCGCUCAUUCAACAAAGCAAUACAGAAUGGCAAAAUAUAAAUGGGCUGUAACAACAGUGUUAACUCUGCAUUUUCUUCAUAACGCUGGAUUUUCGUCAGGGAGCUUUUACGAUGAUGACUACUAUUAUGGAUCCGGGGACAUGCCAUCUAUAGAUACAAAACAAACACACCCGUUUCGAGAUUUUUGUUACGAAGAUCACGAUUGCACUGACAUUUUCAAAAAAUAUUGUUGUCGUGAAACGCAAAGAUGUUGCUAUGUGAGGAAUCAGGCUGGGAUUUAUGCAGGAGCUAAAAGAACGUGUACGAAUUCGUAUAAGCAAUACACAGGAGUAACUUGUCCUCAAUCGGAUUUUUCUAAAAUUUAUUGCUGUUAUGAAGGCUAUAGAUGCUGCAGUGCAACAGAUAUUAUGAAAAUGACAUCAUACCCCGACCCAGAUCGAGACGCAAUUGACAAAUCGGGUGUCACCAGCAUGGGAGCGAUCGCGGGGUUCGUUUUCUUAGCGGUUAUCGUUGCCGGCACAUUACUAACUAUAGCAACAAGAUAUAUUAAAGUUAAAGUUCGUAGACAACACGGACGAGCUGGAAUUCAGUCACAAGCCUACAUAGAUGCUAUGAAUCGAAGAUUAAAUGGAGAAGGAAACUCUGGCAACAACAACUCUUCUGCUACCGGUACAAAUGACAGCCAGCUCCCUCCUGAUAUAUUCUAUAUCUCUCCAUCACCGGGCGAAUCACAAGACCUGGAUGAGGUAAACGUGGGACCGCCACCUACAUAUGAAGAGGCGGUUGCAACGUGUCCGGUUGUAGCAGAGGAGAGUUCACGUCAAGAGCAAGCGCAAACACCAGAAAUGGUCAGGCCACAGCAGCGAAACUUCAGAUUCAGACCACCUACACGACCAAGUAGACUAGACUUUAUAGAACUGUCUGUCUUUAAAAACAAUUUGAGUUCUGUAUCUGAAGAUGAUUUAACUCCAGAUACCGUAACAACUAUAACAAUACCAAAGCAAGAAGCGUCGAAUGCUUGAAAAUUAUUUGCCCCAAUAGAGAUUGGUAUGGCGGCGUUUGUUCUCAAAAUCUCGUCAAAACUUUCUGAUAUUCCAGUGAGUAAGGUGAUAACACAACACAAAUAUACUAUUCAGGUAAUUACUCCAGACUACUAACAGAAAAAACUGAAGUAAAAUUGAGGCAAGUCGUUAAAUAAAAAUAUGUAUUUUCUACAAAGAAGCGGUGAUGUUUGACAUUUUUUGAGAUCAAAGUGUACUUCAAGUCAUUGCUUUUGUUUACAUGCUCGGUUCAACAAAAUAUCACGAUUUGUUUUACCGUAAUUAUAUACUACUACGAUUUGACAUCUUGACCUGGAGUUUUUACAUCAAAUAAAAUAUAUUUCUUACUAACCUCGUUUUAAAAAUAUAUAAUAUAACAUUG